AUGAGCAGUCCCUAUAAGUCACAUGCAGCGACGUUACAGGCGUUCUACACUUGCGUGAUACAUCGCGUUUGCUCUUUGUAUCAAGAAAAGAGUGAGGCCGCUACAGACAAAGUCAUUGCUCGAUUGCAGCAGAAAUGGCAGGAGAAAUUAAUGCUGUAUACGGGAAAGCAUGGAUUAUCAAAUACAGUGGCGCAAGAUGACGACGUCGCGGCGGUCGAUCUGGUCGGUUUAUCGAGUGAAAAGGACUGCGACAGUGAUAGUGACGGAUUUUUGUCAUCGUCAUCAUCAUCGUCGUCGUUGUCGUGUUCAUCUCCCGACUCGGCAUUUGUUUCAGAGCAAGCGAUUGGUCGACCGAGUAAGCAGUUGCCAAGUGCAGCAACAUCGAUGACAUCGUCGAUAUUUGCCAAAAUGCUUGGAGGUAAGCGAAAACUUCAUCAAUUGGAUGGAUCAGUUUCAGGUGCUGAGAAUAGCGUCAAAUGGAAAGAAGCUGCUGAUUUGGAGAGACAAGACUCACAACAGCAAAGCACAGAAACAGUUUUAAACUCGUCAACAGUGUUGGAGGACUUGAUCGGAGAAGACGAAGAUAAUUUAGCUAGUGAACUAAACUAUAUGGCAUACCACAAGGAGGAAGAGGUUCACAUAACAUGUGAUGAAGAAGGGAAUGAAGUGGAGGAUUGGGAACAUCAUGAAGAGCCAUCGGUAAGUCCAACAAACUCAGCAAUGUCAGCGUCGUCACUUGUUUCUUCGGACGAUCUCGCUCCUGUGUUCGGCCUUUCCGGGAUUAAUUUACCUUUACAGUUUGCUGCUGAGUAUUCCGAGUUCAGUCACCGUGGAAAACAUCGAGGAUAUGUUGGCAAACUGCACGCGAUUGUACUGACAUGGCCAAAACGGUUGGGUGCACGCGAUAGAGUUCAUCUGGGUGAGGUCUUGUGGCAUUAUCCCGACUCAGCACCAGGACUGAUUGAUGAGGGAGAACUAGUGAAAGUGAUCUCGGUGGCAGAUAAUCAGCAUGAGGUGAUGCUUGAGCUUGGCAACGGAAAAAAAGCUGUGGUCUCGAUGGAAAGGAUAUAUCGUUUAUCCGAGUACCUUAUUCGCGACGGUAGCGUACAGUUUCAUUCGAAGUAG